AUGGUGCUCAGAGUAUGGUGUUCAGAGUAUGGUGUUCAGAGUAUGGUGCUCAGAGUAUGGUGUUCAGAGUAUGGUGCUCAGAGUAUGGUGUUCAGAGUAUGGUGCUCAGAGUAUGGUGUUCAGAGUAUGUUGUUCAGAGUAUGGUGCUCAGAGUAUGGUGUUCAGAGUAUGGUGCUCAAAGUAUGGUGUUCAGAGUAUGGUGCUCAGAGUAUGGUGUUCAGAGUAUGGUGCUCAGAGUAUGGUGUUCAGAGUAUGGUGCUCAAAGUAUGGUGUUCAGAGUAUGUUGUUCAGAGUAUGGUGCUCAGAGUAUGGUGUUCAGAGUAUGGUGCUCAAAGUAUGGUGUUCAGAGUAUGGUGCUCAGAGUAUGGUGUUCAGAGUAUGGUGCUCAGAGUAUGGUGUUCAGAGUAUGGUGCUCAGAGUAUGGUGCUCAGAGUAUGGUGUUCAGAGUAUGGUGCUCAAAGUAUGGUGUUCAGAGUAUGGUGCUCAGAGUAUGGUGCUCAGAGUAUGGUGUUCAGAGUAUGGUGCUCAGAGUAUGGUGUUCAGAGUAUGGUGCUCAGAGUAUGGUGCUCAGAGUAUGGUGUUCAGAGUAUGGUGUUCAGAGUAUGGUGCUCAAAGUAUGGUGUUCAGAGUAUGGUGCUCAAAGUAUGGUGUUCAGAGUAUGGUGCUCAAAGUAUGGUGUUCAGAGUAUGGUGCUCAGAGUAUGGUGUUCAGAGUAUGGUGCUCAGAGUAUGGUGCUCAGAGUAUGGUGUUCAGAGUAUGGUGCUCAAAGUAUGGUGUUCAGAGUAUGGUGCUCAGAGUAUGGUGUUCAGAGUAUGGUGCUCAGAGUAUGGUGCUCAGAGUAUGGUGCUCAGAGUAUGGUGUUCAGAGUAUGUUGUUCAGAGUAUGGUGCUCAGAGUAUGGUUCUCAGAGUAUGUUGUUCACAGUUUGGUUGAGAGUAUGGUGCUCAGAGUAUGGUAUUGA